UUUGAGGGAUAAGAUCCCUUCCCAUCCAGAUCUCUUUGAAAUGAAUGAUGGUAUUGGCAAUUUUUGCACCCAUUGGUUUCCUAGGGUUACUAACUGUAUGAGAGAAAAAUAUUUUUAGUCCAGUCCACAGUUAGCAAAUAAGGCCGGGUAGGUAUUAUAAAUGAGUGAGGCUGGCUGGUGGAGACUUUGAAAAUGGAAGAACAUAGGUCUCAUUUAAAAGGGGCAGUAAGUAAUCAACCCCAGGCCACUGUUGCUUUUCAAGAAGUUCAGCCCAGUGUUGCUGGAUCUCUCUUUCUCUCCCUCUCUUCUAGAGUCUUCUCUCUCUCCAUUGAAAUCCAGAUAUUCAUAUUUUACAUGGGUUGUCUCAUAUAAUCUUUCCAAGUGUCCUACGAGGCAGGUGCUGUUAUCAUCACCAACCUUUUAACAAGUGAAGAAACUGUGGUACAAAUUAUUUAAGUAAUGAUAGAUUGACACAGCUAGGAGGUGGCAGAGCCAGGACUUGAACCAGGGCAGGAUAUAUCCAGGGCCUGUGCCCUGACCCACAGCCACUCUACACUUCUCACUUCCCGACUAUGACUUCUUCAAAGUCACAAGUACAGUUGCUCCAUCUUACAGCCUCGCUAAGGUAUGGCUAUUUCUGUGUUAAGGAACAAUUCAGUGAGCCCCAUUAUCCUAGUUGUGGAUAAAUGAAGACCACCCACAUGAGAACAAGCAAAGGCUGUUUAUUCAAAGCAAGGAAUUCAGCCACCAUCGCUUGCAUUUGACAGAGACGCCAAGGCAGGCAGGGGAGUGGGAAAGCUCUAUAGUGGGGAAAAAAGAAGGCUUCAGGUGUGCCCUGAUUGGAGGCUGUUGGCAUGAGGAAGCUGUAGCCAGGCUAACUAGAGGUUGGGCAUUCUGUGUGAUUGUUUAGGGGGGCUUAUUUGCCUUUCUCCAGUUGGCCCUAAGGUGGAAGCAGGAGCACAAAUUAGGGAAGCUGUCAGUUAUUAAUCAAGUCCUGACCAUUUGGGCCCAAUGCUACAGGGGUUAUUGUUGGCUUCCUGGACUAGUGGCUACAGAUACUAAUUUGACUUCCCAGACUGGUUCCUGUAGAUGGUACUUUGGCUUCCUAGGCUGGUUGACACAUGUUGUGGGUCAGAGUUCCAUUUUUACAUAUAGUCUGGCCACUGUUCCUCUGGAUAUUCCUUCUGUCAUAGAGGGAGGGUCUAAGAUGCCUACUUCUUGAUUCUCCAGCUGCAGUUCAUUGUGCAGGGGGGCUGUGCCUACUGACAGCCUGGACCACACAGCUCUGAAAGGAGACCUGGGACACCCAGCUGCUUCAUGAAUUGUUGGCUCAGCAAGAAGGGAAGAUGGCUCAGUUUGGGGUAGCUGAGGGCAACUGCCUGUGUUAAAUAUGCCGAGUUUCUCUAUUGGCCUUUAAAAGAGAAAGAGGGGAAGAAGUGCAGGGAGGGAAAACUUGACCUUAAAAGGGGGAGAAGAGAGUGUUGGGGAACUGAAUUAAGGAGACAGCCCCUUUUAUGCUCAGGACAGCUGAGAGCCUGAAGAUACAGAGGGUCCAAAAUUCCAUAAAGAAAACAAUGAUAAUAGUAACAGCGGAGCGACUUUCAAACAGCUGGCUGGAUGUUCGGCAUAUUGAAAAAUAUGUAGAUCAAGGUAAAAGUGGAACGAGAGAAUUACUUUGGUCCUGGGCACAGAAAAACAAGACCAUCGGCGACCUUUUACAGAUCCUCCAUGAGAUGGGACAUCAUCGAGCUAUCCAUUUAAUUGCAAACCAUGGAGCAGCUUUGAAUCCUUCAGAGAAGAGUCAUCAGGGAGAUGGAUUUCCAAACAUGUUCUUCAAGGAAACAGCCAAUGUCACAGUGGAUAAUGUUCUUAUUCCUGAACAUAAUAAAAAAGGAACAGUGCUUCAAUCCUCCAUCAGCUUUCAAAACAUCAUAGAAGGAACCAAAAACUUCCACAAAGACUUCCGCAUCGGAGAAGGGGAGGUUUUCGAGGUAUUCAGAGCGGAGGUCCAAAACCAAACCUAUGCCAUUAAGUUAUUUAAACAGGAGAAACAAAUGCAAUGUAAGAAACAAUGGAAGAGGUUUUUAUCUGAGCUUGAAGUUUUACUGCUAUUUCAUCAUCCAAACAUACUGGAGUUGACUGCAUAUUUCACAGAGAGUGAGAAGUUCUGCCUGGUUUAUCCAUACAUGAGGAACGGAUCACUUUUUGACAGAUUACAGUGCGUAGGUAACACAGCCCCACUCUCGUGGCACAUUCGGAUCAGUGUACUCAUAGGAACAGCCAAAGCCUUGCGGUACCUGCACAGCACGGACUGCUGCUCAGUCACCUGCGGCAGCAUAUCAAGUGCCAACAUACUUUUGGACGAUCAGUUUCAACCCAAACUCACCGACUUUGCCAUGGCACACUUCCGACCCCACCUGGAGCAGCGGAGCUGCACCAUAAGCAUGAGCAGCAGCAGCGGUACACAUUUGUGGUACAUGCCGGAAGAGUAUGUCAGGCAGGGCAAACUGUCCACUAAAACAGACGUCUACAGCUUUGGCAUCGUGAUAAUGGAAGUUCUGACAGGUUGUAAAGUGGUCUUAGAUGAGCGAAAGCAUAUUCAGCUGAGGGAUCACCUUAUGGAGCUGAUGGAGAAGAGAGGCCUCGAUUCAUGUCUCUCGUUUCUAGAUAAGAAAGUGAUUCCCUGUCCUCGGAAUUUCUCUGCCAAGCUCUUCUCCUUGGCAGGCCAGUGUGCGGCAACACGGGCGAAACUAAGACCAUCAAUGGAUGAAGUUCUGCCUAUCCUAGAAAGUACUCAAGCCAGCUUGUAUUUUGCGGACGACCCUCCCACCUCACUCAAGUCCUUCAGCUGUCCUCCUCCUCCGUUCUUGGAAAAUGUGCCAAGCAUCCCCAUGGAAGAUGACGAAAGGCAGAGUAAUCACUCACUGCUUCAUGAUAAACAUCUGAGAAAAGAGAGACUGACUCAGAAAAUUCCCUUUGAGUGCAGCCAGUCUGAGGUUACAUUUCUGGGCUUUGGUGGAAAGGCGGGGAGCGAGGGAAACGAGGACGCUUGCCGUGCGCCCAGCUCCCCCCGUGAAGAGCGCUGGUCUCCGAAGCUCGCAGCUCCAGCCCAGGACUCCAGGGCCUCUGGUGUGACUGUGGAGCCUUCUGCAGAGGCUCCCGGCCAUUCUUACAGGAGCAGGCCGGUGGAGACGGGCUGUUCCAGUGCGUUUUCCUGGAAUGAAUGUGAAGAGCACAAAAAGGAAUCCAUUUUACCAGAAGAUAAAGAAGAUGGCAAGUAUCACCAAAGCGCCUGAGUACAGGUACCAUCAUGGGCAGCCGUGGUCUUUGUAAGUAAUGCCAAGAGGACGAUCGAUGGUGACCUUGGGAAUGCAGAUCCACAAACCCAUUCAUUACCCUCCAGCUGACAAAACGGGCUUAAAAGUGUGUUUUAUCAGGUAACUGCCUUGUGAUAAAACCUAGGUAAUUAGAGCCAGUUGUGGUUACUUAAGAGCAUGGUCUCUGACUUCAGACAAUCAAAACCUACCAAACAGAGAUUGGAUUCCAGUGUCUUCAUCAGCUUCCAUCUGAGUCCUCAGAGCCUUCAGCCCGCUGAGUACGUUUAGUUGGAUUCCAUUGUUUGGUGUAGCUUGCUUGCGAAGGUUGCAGGAAAUGUCUAGUUGAUCAAUAUUAAUAGAUGUCCUUUAAAGAACUGCCUUUUCAUUUACUUUGAUUGACCCGUAGUACUUUUCUGUUCAUCCCUAUCAAGCUUGCCUGUCUGCAAUGCGCCAGGUUCACCCUGGGCUGUGACAUGUUCUAUGUAGAGAGGAGUUCUUGCCAAGAUCUGUAUUCUGUACUUAAACUCAGGGGAGUUUAUCACAUAUAGUAUAGCUGUUGACUGUUGUUACAAGUUCUUUCUUACAAACUUAGAGAUGUAUUAUAUCCUGAGUAGGAUGUAUCAGAUUUUAAUCAAGCGAUUUCUGUUUCUGAGUAAAUGGCUGGUCACAAGCGCACGGUCAGCUUUUCGUUUGAUUCUGAACCUCCCUGCUCUGCUUCACUGCUGCUGUCUCCCAAGUCUCUCCCUGUAACAUCUUCCCAGCCCCGGAGGGCCCCUCCUCUGGAGGCUUCCCUAAUCUCUCCAGCCAGACAUACUCACAUCAUCAACAUCUCCACAGCAGUUACUU